CUCCGGUGGCUCUGCCCGCUUCUGCGUCUUCUCGCUGAAGAGACUGACGGGGGCCGCGAGUCUCUGCCCUUAGGGUUGCAUAGGUCCGGGUUGGCGGAGGCUUUGAGUCCCAGUCUCCACAGCUGACGGCUGCGAGGGAUUGAGAGCCGAGCAUUCCUUUAGAAAUGAGUUGCACGAUUGAGAAGGCACUUGCUGAUGCUAAAGCUCUUGUUGAAAGAUUGAGAGAUCACGAUGAUGCAGCAGAAUCUCUGAUAGAGCAAACCACAGCUCUCAACAAGCGGGUAGAAGCAAUGAAGCAGUAUCAAGAAGAAAUUCAAGAACUUAAUGAAGUGGCAAGACAUCGGCCACGGUCCACAUUAGUAAUGGGAAUCCAGCAAGAAAACAGACAAAUCAGAGAGCUACAACAAGAGAACAAAGAAUUGCGUACAUCUCUGGAAGAACAUCAGUCUGCCUUGGAACUUAUAAUGAGCAAGUAUCGAGAACAGAUGUUUAGAUUGCUAAUGGCUAGCAAAAAAGAUGAUCCCGGUAUAAUAAUGAAGUUAAAAGAGCAGCACUCCAAGAUUGACAUGGUACAUCGUAACAGCUCCGAAGGAUUCUUCCUUGAUGCAUCUCGACACAUCCUUGAAGCACCUCAACAUGGACUGGAGAGGAGGCGCUGGGAAGCAAAUCAGAAUGAGUUACAAGCACAUGUGGACCAGAUAACUGAAAUGGCCGCAGUGAUGAGGAAAGCCAUUGAGAUCGAUGAGCAACAGGGGUGCAAAGAACAGGAACGGAUAUUUCAACUUGAACAAGAAAACAAAGGCCUGAGAGAGAUCCUUCAAAUAACUCGAGAAUCGUUUCUGAACCUUAGGAAAGAUGACGCAUCAGAAAGUACGUCACUGUCAGCAUUAGUGACCAACAGUGACCUGAGUCUGAGAAAGAGCUGAAGAGCCCCACGUCUGCACUCACCUGGCUCCCGAGGUCACUAGGACCGACCUAUGCAUCAGUGAAUCAAUGACGGAAAAGACCACUCAGUCUUAAUCCACCCUUUGUUUGUUUCUAACAUGUACAGUACACUGGCUAAGAGACAGCAACAGAAAAUGUGUAGUUAAUGGUUAUGACUAUUCCAAACAGAAUGGAGAAGUGGAAACUGAACGCUGUUAGCUGGGGAUGAAAGGUUUCCACGACUGCUCAGCAUAAAGAGCUUAGAUAAACUUCAAUAUUCCCAGUACAUGGGAAUCCACAGAGUUAUCCCAAUUUAAAGUAUUUAUUUUUGCCAUACUUCUUCAAGUGGAAGAUCCUUUUAGUAAAUUUUACCCUUUUUGUUUGGUGUCAGAAGUGAAACAGCUUACGGACCAUGAGACUUCAACUUUAAUGAUUAUCUAAUUUCCCAUUAAUUUCAGUUUUUGUCUAAGAAAAUUUGGUUUUAAAGGAUGUGGGAAUGUUUUACAUGUACCUUAAGAGAGGUGAUUUAAUUUUGUCCUGAUACUUACCUAAUAAUUGUCUAUAACUCGCUGAAGUGUAUGAAAUGUCAUUUCAGGAAUGAAAGAGGAAGGAAUACUACUUUCUAAGAAAGAAAAAUCUUAUAAUAAACAUUUAGUAGGUUAAACUACUUCUUGGAAAGAAUAAGUUUUGGUUAUAAGUCAGAAACAAAGAUGAGAUUUUUCUCUGGUUGAUGUUCAAGGAUACUACAUAGUUCGUUUAUCUUACAGAGUUGAAACGUGUAAUAGAGCAAGAUAAGCCAAGUAAUUUCAAAGUAAGUUGGGAAUUCCUCUGGCUCAUAGCACCCUUUUAUCAAAUCAAAAUCUCAAAAUUUCUAAAUCAAUUUUUAAGCUUGAUCUGGUCUUGGAACCUGUAAGACUUUCUUAUAACAUUUCAGUUGAAAGUCUAUGGAUUCAGAAAUACAUUUUCUGUUUUUUAAAAAAUAACAGAUACACAGUACAUAAUUUUUUUAAAAACUACCAGAUAUAUAAAUGAGCUUUAACAUUAGCUGAAACCUAAAUUUUUCAUACUAUGUGGUAAUUAUAGAAUAAAAGAAUGAGUGUCAGAUAUAAUUAAAUAUAUUCAUUUAUAUAAAUACAUAUUAAAGUUAGCACAAGUAGAGAUUCUACUUUGGAGUAUAUAAUUUGUUAAGCAAAUAUUACUUCCCAUGGUAACUUUUAUGUAUAAUUUCAUAUAUUGGAACAAUGCAAAACUACUUUUUGCUUCAGAAUUUUUCUAUCUUAAGGUUGGGGGAGUGGGGCUGACUGAUAGGAAAGGGCUAGUGGCCCAGACAUUAAUUGGAUUUCUGUUCUCAUUCAGAGGCCUUACUUGAUAUUUUAUAAAUAAAAGGCACUUCUUUUAAACUUUUGUAUUGGUUUUGGGCAAAUAUCCCUUAAUUUGACGGCUCAUUCACUGAAACAGUUUUUAUCCCAAGUAAGGAUUAAAGAAAAUAAGCUACACAAUUGAGGUUAAGUCUGAGGCAGUACAUUGAGGCAGCUCUGUUAACAAAUGUUACUUGAUAAAUACUUAUUUUUAUAAACAAUUAAGUUAAUUUAUUCUUGGUCUUCUUGCUUGGAUACCUUUAUGGUCUUGUUGUAAGACAUUUACUUUUUUUUUUUGUGACAGUUUUCCAUCCUGUACUUUUUUUUAAACUGAACCUUAAAUGUAUGUCUUGAGAGUACAUACUGCAUAGGAGCCUAUUUUGUCAAUAAAGAUGAGUAAUUAAAAUUGA